AUGGUCAACGUUCGCAACCUCGCUGUAUUCUUCGGAGCCCUGCUCCCCAGUGUCCUUGCGGCUCCUGCUCCCAUCACCAAGAAGGAUGACAUCAUCCCUGGGAAGUUUAUCGUCACUCUCAAGCCUGGUGUCGACGCUGCUGCCGCCGAAGCCCACUUGAACUGGGCCGCUGAUGUCCACAAGCGCAGCUUCGCCAAGCGCGACACCGCCGGUAUUGAGAAGGAGUUCGGCAUCAAGGACUGGAAGGCGUACUCUGGCGAGUUCGACGAGGCUACUAUUGCUGAGAUCAAGGCCAGCCCUGAAGUUGCUCUUGUCGAGCCCGACACAAUCGCAUACCUUUGGUAUGAUGUCGAGGAGGUUCACGAGAAUGUGCUCGAGAAGAAGGCCUUGACUACCCAGUCAAGCGCCCCCUGGGGUCUUGGUGCCAUCAGCCACCGAUCCGGCUCCUCUACCCAGUACAUCUACGACACCACCGCUGGACAGGACACCUACGCCUACGUCGUCGACUCCGGUAUCAUCGUUGCCCACCAGCAGUUCGGUGGCCGUGCCACCCUCGGCUACAACGUCUUCAGUAGCGCUCAUACCGAUACCCUGGGCCACGGCACCCACGUUGCCGGCACCAUUGGUGGUUCAACCUACGGUGUCGCCAAGCGUACCAACCUGAUCUCCGUCAAGGUCUUCGAGGGCCGAACUGGUACCACCUCCAACAUUCUCUCUGGCUUCAACUGGGCGGUCAAUGACAUCACAUCGAAGAGUCGCACCGCUCGCUCUGUUGUCAACCUGUCCCUCGGCGGCGGAGCCUCCACCACCUGGACCAACGCCAUUCAGGCCGCCUACACUCAAGGAGUCCUUUCCGUCGUCGCUGCCGGCAACGGCGACGAGUUCGGCAACCCGCUCCCCGUCUCUAGCCAAUCCCCCGCCAACGCUCCCAACGCCAUCACCGUUUCUGCAGCAGACAGCUCGUUCCGCCCUGGUACCUUCACCAACUACGGUGCCGGUGUUGACAUCUUCGCCCCCGGUGUCGGUAUCUUGUCCUCAUACAUCGGAAGCAACACCGCUACCGCCUCGCUGUCUGGUACCUCCAUGGCUGCGCCCCACGUCGCUGGUGUUGUUGUCUACCUCCAGGCUCUUGAGGGCUUAUCCACCCCUGCUACGAUCACUAACCGCAUUAAGGCGCUCGGUGUCGCGAACAAAAUUACUGGCACCCUUCGCGGUAGCCCCAACCUGUUUCUGUACAACGGCAACGGUGCAUAA